AAGAAUUUUAUCCGUGCGGCAGUCGCUUACAAAGCCAACAAAAUUGCACAUCUACUGGAAAACCCGUUGCACCACCAACCACCGCUAUCAGGUGGCACAGCGGAACGUCUUGGCGUAGAAUUCGAUUUCUACAACGUGGCUUCCAGCAAGGUACACCCCAGCCCAGGGGCAGCGCGCAGUGUAUGGGCGCUGCCCCUGACGGCCUCUUCGUCAUGCAACAUGGAGGAAGACGGUCAUGCUCAUGCUGACAUUGACAUCGACAUUGAUCAUCGAGCCCACUCACCACCAGGCGCUAAUGGAGCAGCCAACAACACGGAUGGUAGCGAGCACGACAGCAAUAUGAUGCUCUUUGAGGGCUUGGAUGGUGCUACGGUAAAUCUGGAUGAUAUUUUCGAUAUCAUCAAGAAUGGGGAAGUGAGUGAAGUGGAGAAUCUGGUGGAGAAGUUUGGCAUGGAAUGCCUCUCCGCCCGGGAUCGACAUGGCUAUACGCCUGCUCAUUGGAUUGCGCUCAACGGAAAUGUCCAACUGAUGAGGUAUCUGAUUGAACGAACGGCUCCAAUCGAUUUGCCCUGUUUGGGUACCCAGGGACCCCGGCCCAUACAUUGGGCCUGCCGCAAGGGUCACGCCUCGGUGGUGCAAGUGCUACUGCAGGCGGGCGUUGCAGUAAAUGCGGCGGAUUUCAAAGGAUUGACACCUCUUCAUCUAGCUUGCAUGUACGGACGCACUGCAACAGCGGCCUAUCUGUUGGGAAUGGGUGCUCUAAACAAUUUAACGGAUAUCAAUGGAGAUACGGCAUUGCAUUGGGCUGCAUAUAAGGGUCAUGGUGAUCUGAUGCGCUUGCUUAUGUAUUCCGGUGUGGAGCUGCAGAAGACGGAUAACUUUGGCUCAACACCGCUGCACUUAGCCUGCCUCUCCGGGAAUAUCAAUUGCGUGCGUCUGCUGUGCGAGAAGUCGCAACUAGAGCUGGAGCCGAGGGAUAAGAACGGUAAGACACCCAUUAUGCUAGCUCAAGCUCAUCAGCAUCAGGAUGUGGUGCGUCUGCUCUACGGCGAAGUAAAAAAGAAGUCACGCUGGAUUCCCUCUGUGUCGGAGAGUUGGGGCUGGCUCUUUGGUGGGGCCGGUGAUUCCAAAGGACCUCUCUUUCUCUUUCUCUUUUCGGUGUUGCUCUGGGGCUAUCCAAUGUAUAUGAUAAGGGCCAUACCUAUUACAUGGAAUAUAUUGAGACGUUCGCAUUAUUGCUUCAUCUACUGGAACGUAGUCAUGUGGGUCAGCUGGGCGAUUGCGAAUCGCAGGGAUCCGGGAUAUAUACCGCUCAGUUCUGAUGCCUACUAUCGGGCUAUCAAGCAGAUACCCUACUUUGAUAAGCUAAAGAAGCGCAACGUGAUGCUCACCCGGCUGUGUCACAGCUGUCGGUGCCUACGUCCACUGCGUGCCAAGCACUGUCGGGUCUGCAAUCGCUGUGUAUCCUACUUCGAUCAUCAUUGUCCCUUCAUCUACAACUGUGUGGGACUGCGCAAUCGUAUGUGGUUCUUUCUGUUCGUGCUCUCCGUCGCCGUCAAUUGCUCAUUUACCAUUUACUUUGCCUGUUACUGCGUAAUGAUCGAGGGAUUCACAAUGCUGUAUGUGCUGGGUCUAAUCGAAGCCAUCGUCUUCUGCGGUCUUGGCUGGAUACUCACCUGUACAUCUAUCCUUCACGCGUGCAUGAAUCUCACCACGAACGAGAUGUUCAACUACAAGCGCUAUCCAUAUUUGAGGGAUAAGCGUGGUCGCUACCAGAAUCCAUUCUCGCGUGGUCCCGUCCUUAAUCUGUUGGAGUUCUUUGUCUGCCUGCCGGAUAGAGGCGAUGACACCGAUCUGCUGUUGGAGGAUAAUAUUUGAUUAAGAAGCUAGGAGCGCGCUCAUGCUCGCCGGCGCAAGGUGCCCGUGCGUGGAUAAUAGCGACAGUCGCCGCUCCUAGGCGACGACUGUGCUUUGGUUUUGCUCCACAAGCUUCGGCUCGGCUUCGGCUUCGGUUUUGGCUUUACGGCUUACUUGACUUUUAGCAACAAUCCAAGUAUUUUAUCAAAUUAAUAAUUUCAAUAUAAGAAUAUUCCAAUGUA